AUGCCUUUUCUUGGACAAGACUGGAGGUCUCCGGGUCAGUGCUGGGUGAAAACUGAAGAAGGAUGGAAAAAGACCACUGCAGACGAUAAAAACAACUACUUGUCCACACAGAGUUUCCUCAAAGCUCAGGAGGAGGAGUGCUUCAACAAGGAGAACCUAUUCCUCUCUCUCAAUUAUGAUCCCUCUGCCAAGAAGAGAAAAAAGGACCUAAUGAACAACAACACCAAAGUCCCCUAUUUCCAUAUGGAGAAGUGGAUUUACGUUCACAAAGGGAGCACCAAAGAGCGUCAUGGCUAUUGCACACUGGGAGAGGCCUUUAACCGCCUGGAUUUCUGCAGCGCUAUCAAAGACACAAGAAGAUUUAAUUACAUUGUCAGACUCCUGGAGCUUAUCGCCAAGUCCCAGCUCCCUUCGCUCAGUGGAGUUGCACAGAAAAACUACAUGAAUAUUUUGGAGAGAGUGGUGCAGAAAGUGCUUGAUGACCAGCAGAAUGUGCGACCCAUAAAGGAGCUGCUGCAGGGCCUGUAUGUGUCCCUGUGCAGUCUGGUGCAGGACAUGGGCAAGUCAGUCCUGGUGGGCAACAUCAACAUGUGGGUGCACCGCAUGGAGAACAUCCUACAGUGGCAGCAGCAGCUCGACAACAUCCAGAUAAACAGACCCACAUCAAGCGGUACAACUCUCACUGACCUGCCGGACAGCCUGCAGCUUAAAAUCAUGGACUGUCUGUCUGACGGACGGGACCUGGUCAGUUUGGGGCAGGUGUGUCCACAGAUGGGACAACUCACUGAGGACCGACUGCUCUGGAAGAAACUCUGCCAGUACCACUUCACCGACAGACAGAUCCGUAAGCGCUUGAUACUCUCUGACAAAGGUCAUUUGGAGUGGAAGAAGAUGUAUUUUAAGCUGUGCCGCUGUUAUCCGCGCAGAGAAGAGUAUAGUGACACUUUGCACUUUUGUACCCAUUGCCACAUUCUUUUCUGGAAGGAAACAAAUCACCCUUGCACAGCCAAUAACCCAGAGGGCUGCACUUUGGCACUCUCUCCACAAGACUUCAUCGACCUUUUCAAUUUCUGA